GUCCCACUGCACAGACUCACAUACAAAUUACGUUCAUGUUUCAAUGAAUAGAUUCCUGCGGGUCGAUAGCCUCAGCCAAUGACCAUUUUCCAACGACUCGGCAGUUUGGGGCAGAACGAGGAGGGGGAGACUCGCGCAGAAGCGUGGCCCUGGUGGAGACCGUGUGGAGAACAUGCGUGCCAGCCCCCUUCGUGUUUAUCAUGGGAACAAUAACCCCUAAUUUGUAGAAGUUGUAUAGAAUAGAAAUAAUCCUUGCGCAGCACCUGGCUGGUGGUAGAUGCUUAGGAAAUUGUGGUGGCAGUGGUCCUUGAUGUACUAGUAAUAAUAACCACGUGUUUGAGGCAUGAUGCUUGGCAUGUGGUCCCUGGCUCUGUGGGGUGUUCUGAGGUUGUCCUUGGCACUCACAGGUGCUGCGCCCGCCAGGUGUGGGAAGAGGGGUCUCGGUCUUGGUCAGUGAGGGGCUCUUCUUUAGAUGCCAUGUUUCCUGUCAGAUGCAAUGGUGACUGGGUGGCAUUGAGAAAAGGGGGCAGCAGUCAUGCGAGUAUUCACGACAGCAUGUUUUUUUGAAAGUGAAAAUUUGGAAACAAUUUGCCUCAAUAAUGAGAAAGUGACUAAGGAUAUAAAAAUUUAUACUUCUUUGUCAUUUUUUAAAUGACAUGUUUUGCAGUCUGUUUUGAAACAUGGAAAUGCAUAUUUGACAUAAUAACUGAAAAUGGUACAAGCAGUAUUGCUUCGCCGAUGGCAACUUUGGAAAUGUUUCUAAGACAUGGAAGAUCAAAGGAACCUUCACAAUGCAGUAAACGGGGUUUUAAUAUUCACGGUUUCUCUGUUUUCCACAGGGUUGGUCAGCUUGGUAGGAACUGUUAUGACCUAUCUGUCGUAAGAAUGUAAUCACCUUCAUUUUCUCCUUCUGAUGAAAAAGUGCGUUCUGUGGCCUAACGACAGCCGUCACGAUGGACUUUUGGGCUAAACUUAUUUUGUAAAUUAGACCUCUUCUGUGGUUUUUGUUUGUUUGUCUGUUUGUUUUUUCUGGGUUGCCAAAAUUUUGUGUAGCUACAAUAAAACAAAGAAGGUCAAGGGUUGAAGAGAAGAUUUAGGCUUUCAAUUAACCCGGCACAGAGACAUGCAUAAGUAGAUGAACCCGUCUAGUCAUUUGCAUGGCAUUAGUGGUCCUGAUGGUUUCAAAAAGUCCAAGUAGUUUUAAGGGUACCUGACAGCGAUUUGUUAGAUGAGGACUUCUCUGUCCUCUCCCUUCCAUUUCCUCUGUCGCGUCUCCCAGGGAACCAACUUCUCAGCACCCACUUUGGAGAAGAAUGUCGUCAAGCUGUGGAUGAUGCUUCACUGGGUCAGGGUAACUCCGGCGUCCACCAACAUCAGAGCCAGCUUAAGGCAGCAAGGAGGAGGGAGCUCUCGCAGCAUUUCAGAGCCACGGCACUGCCAGCGCUGGGAAGGGUUGCAAGGACAGUUUUCUCCAAGGUUGGUCUCUGCGGCGGACGCAGCCCUCGGCCUGAUGCCACCAGGUCUGGAGGACUGACCGACGCUCACUCCGGCUCCCGCCAUGGGGCCCUCCGGGAGCCUGCUGGGUGGACACCUGCAGAUUGCCCUGUGGGGAAGCUUGGCAGCUGCCGCCACCUUCUUCCUCAUCACCUUCCUCAUCUUCCUGUGCUCCAGCUGUGACAGAGAAAAGAAGCCGAGACAGUACAGCGGAGACCAUGAGAACCUGAUGAACGUGCCUUCGGACAAGGAGGUGUUCAGCCGCUCGGUGACCAGCCUGGCCACGGACGCGCCCCUCAGCAGCGACCAGAACGGCGCACUCACCAACGGGGACAUCGCCUCGGAAGGCAGUGCCGGGACCUGCGCGCAGCAUUACGAGGAGGUGCUGGCCGCCGCCUCCGACCUGCUGGACGCCCAGGACGGCUCGGGGAAGCCCAAGGGCCACCAGAGCCGGGAGCUGCCCCAGAUCCCCCCGGACAGCGCCGUGGACACGCUGGCCAGCACCGGGAGCGUGGACGGGGACCAGGGGGCAGGGGCAGAAGGGCCCUACGAGGUGCUCAAGGACAGCUCCUCCCAGGAGAACAUGGUGGAGGACUGUCUGUAUGAGACGGUGAAGGAGAUCAAGGAGGCGGCCGCACCCCCGGGCAAAGGCCCCGGCGGCCGGUCCAGGGCGGCCCCCGCUCCCAAGGAGCCGCCGGCGCCCCAGGCCCCGGGCAGAGCCGACUUCGCGGAGUACGCCUCGGUGGACAGGAACAAAAAGUGUCGGCAGAGCAUGAACGUGGACAGUGUGCUGGGCCCUGCCCGGGACGCAGAGGAGGAGGCCCCACCGCCGGUGCCCGUGAAACUUCUGGACAAGAACGAGAACCUGCAGGCGCAGGACAACAGCGCCUCAGAGGGGACCCAAGAGACCAACAAGAGGUUCAGUGCCCUGUCGUACAAGUCCCGCGAGGAAGACCCGACGCUCACAGACGAAGAGAUCUCGGCCAUGUACUCAUCUGUCAAUAAACCUGGGCAGUCGCUCAAAGUGCCCGAGUCCAGCGACACCUGCAGCCCAGGAGCUGCCCGGAGGUCCCCAUCGUCCUGCAAUGACCUCUAUGCAACCGUCAAAGACUUCGAGCAGCCUCCCAGCGGCGCGGGCACACUGGCCCCAGCAGCCAGGCCCCGGGAGCCCGAGCCCGACUACGAGGCCAUCCAGGCUCUGAGCAGAGAGGACGAGAAGGCCACCCUGGAGCCCAGCAGCCUGCGCGGCCCCUUCCCAAAGGAGAACGACUACGAGAGCAUCGGGGACUUGCAGCAGUGCCGGGAGGUCACCAGGCUCUAGCAGCCCCGGCAGCGGUCGAUCGGGGACAGGAGACCAGGGCGCUGUCCCUUCGAGUCACGUGCUGCUUCCUUGGCCGAGGGCAUGAAGACUCCAGGACGGAACAGGAAGGCGCACACCUGGCUGCCAGGGCACCCUGUCUGCCAGGCACGGCCACACCCGGCACAAGUCCCCGUGUUCCCACACCCUCGGACGGGUCCCAGCGUUGGGAUGUGCCGUUUGGAAGAACCAGGUUCCCUUGUUUCUACUCUUGGGGCGUUUGCUCUGGUCCCCUUGAAAUCGCCCCAUUUCUACUGGCUCCUUCCAAGGAAAUCGCCCCCAGGGCUUGGCCUUUGCCUUCAACGUAGGUGUUUUCAGAUGGUGUUUUCAGAUCUGUGGUUGCCACUCCCGACGGAUCACCCAGCGUCUUCUGGGGACGCCCUCGAGGGCCUUGGGUCUCCGUGCCUUCUGAUCCGGGCACUCCACGUCAGCAGCUUCUCCCAAAGGACUUGAAGUCACUUUUAGAUGCUUUAUUUUAUUUUUCUAGCCAAAAUGCCCCCCCCCCACCCGGUGUUUGAAACUUCAGAACCUUUGCAGUAUUUGCGGUGAGUGCUGUGGUACUUCCAUACUUGUUGGAGCCCGGAGCCCAUUCCUCCAGCACACAGCUGGACGCCGUGACGCCGCCUGGCAGGGCUGUGGACUUGACCGUGGGUCUCUGAGGAUCUGUGCGGCCACACCAGCUGCGCCGGGCCCUCACGUUAACGGCCACCCUAAGGUAAUCUAGCUGAGAUUAAAAUGUAAACAUUUAUUUUUGUUAUCUAAAUUUAUAAGAUGUCUUAUGUUUAAUGCCUAAUUUCUAGAAAGUGUCAGAAAAAAUGUAUAUUAACUAUUUUGAUUUUAUGUACAAUGAUUUAUACUCUCAUUUUGAAAAAAAUCACCACAAAGCACAUAAGCUAGGUACUUACUAGUCAUCAUUAUCGUUUUUCUAAUGAAGUAUUUAAAACAUUGAAGGUUUUUAAAGACUCAGACUUUUCAAAUGGUACUUGGAGCUCUUGGUCAAAAUCACCUAGCUCUCGCAGGAAUCAGUGGAAUAACCAUAAAUGGUCGUUUUCAGUGGUUUGUGAUGAGAAAUAUGUAAAAAUUUGAGAUGGUGAAACGGGAAAGAAGAACAAAGCCUGACUGAGGGCGCCUGGACCACUUCCCUCAGGGCCACUCCGCGGCGGGCUCCCGGGAAGGCAGCGUGAUGAGCGUCACUGGGGGAGCAGGGGGUCUACCGGAUUCUCUCCCCUUCACUCUACAGAGCUCGGUGUCGGCAGUUACUCAGGUCGAGAGAUCACCCUGGUUUGAGUUUAACCAUCUCUUUGGAGGUCAUGAGGCCAACUGUGGGACUUGCUCACUUUUCACUCUAAAAGGAGCCCCGUGGGCCAGGCCAGCGUCGGAGGUGGCUGUCCAGAGGCCCCUGGCACCUGGGAGGGCUCGUCACUGGUGUGUCAUCACUGUUUACACCUUACAGUUCAGUAUUUCAUAAAUCCCAUCACUUUUACUGUAUUUGUUGCAAAAUCUGUGCUACAGUCUUUGAAUUGGACAAAAGCCAUGACUUCUCUCAAAAAGGUUUUUAUAUUUAAAUGCUACAGUUUAAACAUAUGAAAGGUAAUUCUCAAAAAAAAUUGCUGUAUCUUUAAAAUUCAACUUUGGCAUCCAUAUUAGGCAUUGCAUUACAAUAACUUAGGUUAUGUAAAAUUAUACAAAAAGAUAAAAAUAAUUUUUAGGAAAACCUUUUCAUCUCCUAAAUCAGAAUUAUAAACUUAUCUUGCUUAAAAAUAGGAUCUUUGUCGUUGUUCCGAUAUUUGUUACAUUUAAAAGAAUUUCUUCCCGCUGCUUUGACUAUUUCUCGGAUACAGUGAGCAGGAAAGUGUCGCCUGUUUUAUGUGAAAUGUUUGGGUCCAUGUUGUAGGUGUUUCCACGUGCAUUUUUCCCCUGCCUGCGCACUCUGGAAGUUGCUGCUCUCCUUCAUGGGGAAAAAGCAAAUUACUGAUUUCUUUGCUCUCAAAAUCCAAGAGUUCAUUUGAAUUGAGAGCUAAUUAGCAAUAGGUAGUCAACACAAAGAAAUAAAACACAACCUCUGUUUCUCAUA